AGAAGACGGUGGGGAGAUGUUGCAAAUUAGUGCGUGGGGCGUGAGUCUGUCGUUCCGGGGGACCCACAGAUUUUCUACGCGAUUAAGAGGAGAAGAGGACUUUUUGACUUUGCAUCUAGCCUAGAGUUUUGGAUUUUCCGGUGGUCUCCCAUUCAAGUGCCAGUCAGUCCAACCCAGCUUAGUCUUCUGAGAUCAACCAAGAUCAACCAAACGUCUCCACCACGUCACAAAGCUCAGUAGCAAACUCUGAGUCUCAGAGAAGACACAGCUCCUUUCCAGAACACCGCUUCAGAAACUUCUUUGAAACAAUCCUAAUGUUUUGCUGCUUCUGCCUCAGCACAGUCAUAUGAUAUGAGAAGAGUCGAAAUAACUCCGAUGGAGCAAAGAAAACUCACCUUUGACACCCAUCGUCUUGUGCGAGAUCUAGAGGCCCAUGGAUUUGCAAAAGAACAGGCUGAAACUGUUGUCUCAGCGUUAAUGAGUUUGUCAACAGUCAGUCUGGACACUGUCUACAAAGAUAUGGUAACCCAAGCCCAACAGGAAAUAACUUUGCAACAGAUAAUGGCUCAUCUGGAUUCUAUUCGGAAGGACAUGGUCAUUCUUGAGAAAAGCGAAUUUGCCCAUUUGAGAGCAGAAAACGAGAAAAUGAAAAUUGAAUUGGAUCAAGUUAAACAGCAACUAAUGAAUGAAACUAAUCAAAUCAAAGCAGAAAACAAGCUGGACAUCAACUUGGAAAGAAGCAGAGUGACAGAUAUGUUCACCGAUCAGGAAAGAAAGCUCAUGGAAGCCUCAACAGAAUUCCAUAAAAAAGAUUCAAGCACCAACAGUUCCCUUACGGAAGUCAACAAUAAAAUUGAUGCUGAAAUUGCAGCUCUCAAAACACUCAUGGAGUCGAAUAAACUGGAGACCAUCCGUUAUUUGGCAGCCUCUGUUUUCACUUGCCUUGCCAUUGCUUUGGGAUUUUAUCGAUUCUGGAAAUAGGAAGCCCACCAAUGGAAAAAAAGGACAGAGCAAAAACACUCCUAGUUUGACACCUACAACAUAUCUGAGAUAACGUCCUCUGGUUGAUCCUUUCAGCUCUCUUCCAUCAGCCAUGAUUUUUUGUAUUGUUCGUUGCUAUGGACAGAACAGCUGAAACAAUUUGUGCUCAGUUGAAGAGUUGUGGAGGCUGAUGUACUGGAGCCCAAGAGAUCUAUGGAGCUUGAAAAACUAAAAAAGGGAGGUAAAGUUGUAUGGAUGAUUCAAAAGCUGCAACCAGCUGUUGUGUCAUGUACAGGCAGCUGGUUUUCUCUUCUCCAGUCUGAUCUUGGCCCUCAUUCUCUGGAUUGAAUCUUCUUGCUCUCUACUCCAGCUUAGUUGGGACUGUAGAUUGAAUUCAGAUUGGCUGAGAAUUUGCACAGUUGCACUCCCAACGUAUCUGGAAGGUCCCAGUAGCAGAACGCUGUCUCCGUGCACAGAUGUGGUUCAGAGCUUAGAGCUGCUGGUGGAGAGAGAAUUUGAGAAUUGAGAAUUCAGAUUGGCUGAGAAUUUGUACAGUUGUCCUCACAACGUAUCUGGAAAGUCCCAGCUGUCAUGUCAUGGACAGGCAGCUGGUUUUCUCUUCUCCAGCCUGAUGAUCUUGGCCCUCAUCUGGCUGAAUCUCCUUGCUCUCCACGCCAGCUGAGUUGGGACUGUAGCUUUGAGAAUUCAGAUUGGCUGCAAAUUUGCACAGUUGCACUCCCAGCGUAUCUGGAAGGCCCCAAUAGCAGAACGCUGUCUCUGUGCACAGAUGUGGUUCAGAGCUUAGAGCUGCUGGUGGAGAGAUUUUUCCCCAUCACCAUCCCAUUAGCUACUCCUUUGCCCUCAUACACCAUUAGAGAUCAUGUCCCACUUGGGAUGAGAAAACCUCCCCUGCUUGAUCCUUUCAGCCAGCAGAGAAUAUUCAAACCAGGGAUUCUACUUGAAGUCUAAGAUGAUUGAAUGUAUUGCAAAUAUUUCUGUGCAACACAUAAUGCGGCUAAUAUUGUGGCCCUUUGUAGAUUGGUAUUCUCAGGACUGCUUGGCAGCAACUCUGUCCCGGUGUUCCUCAACCAGGGCAGCUUCCAAAUGCAUGGACUCCAACUCCCAGAAUUCCCUAACUACCAUGGCCAUUGCUAGGAAUUCUGGGAACAGAGAGGCAUGCAUCUGAAGAAUUAGUAAUUUCAGGAAAG